GGGCAGCGGGAUAGUUUGGAGGAGGAAGAGGAGGACUUAACUCAUUGGACUCACGCUCACUUACGCACUCACAACGGUUCACCCCUUAAUGAAGCAGGAGCCACAAUGGCAAGACGAGGAGGCUCCCCGGAAAUGAGGUUACAGAACAGUUAUGUUGAUCCUCACAACCCAAGAGGCGGCCAUGACAGCUCGUUUGGAGUUCGUGUGCAGGUUCAAGGGAUUAAAGGUCAGCCCUUUGUAGUUCUGAACAGUUCUGGUGAAGAAAGGCUCAGAGACGUAUCGGUCAUCACUCACCAGACUGGGUACAAGCCGGGCAUGGUGAGGAGGUCCGUGGAUGAGAGUAGCUCCUCCUUCGAGUUUCAUUACCAAAAACAUCCAGAGAUCAUGAGACCGUACGACCCCAGAAGCAACAACCUCAACCAUCUCAACCCGACCCAAACCCUUCCUGGAAGAACAGCGGACCGACCCAAAGCCAGGAUUCCCCUUCCAGCAGAAGCCCCUUCUGAUGACCAGAACACGCCUCCCUCAGAAAUACCUGCACAUCUCCCCGCGAGGUCCCCAAACUCAGUAGACUCUGAGCCCUUCAUGUCCGUAGGGAAGCUGAUCAGCCAGUUCAACAGCAGCCCGCGUAGGGGAAGGGGCGGUCCCGGGAGUCGGCUGGACCCGGAGGAAAUGCGGCGGUCACGUAGCGUGGACAGCGGCCGAGCGUCUGAUUCGUCUUCCUCCUCAUCCAGCAGGGCGUCGUCUCUGAAGGGGGGCAGCGGCGCCGCGACCUCAGGCGGGAUCUAUCCUCCUGGGUCGGCCCGGGCUCGACUGCUGGGCGGAGAGGCCAACAAGAGAGGAGAGAACAAACCCAGCAUGCCGCUUAAAGCUCACCAUGGGAUAGACAUGACAGCAAAAGUAUUUCACAGAACUAAGGAAUUGUCGCAUGGUGCCUGCGCAGGUGGAGCUGAGGAAAGAGACGCUCAGGUCACUCCUGAUCUUCUGAAAGGACAGCAGGUGUCUGUCGACCCGAAUGAAGAUGCAGCGAAACGAAUGCUCUUCACCUACCUCAAGGAAGGGACGACUGAUGAAUUGUCGGUCACCAAGAGGAAAGUCAGCCUGCUGCUUGAAAGGAUCAACAGACUGAAGUGGAAAACAGGUGUGAAUGUGGAGGAGGAGAUGAAAGAUCAGACAGUCGAGGCGAAGCAGCUGCUGGAGAAACAAGAAGCCCUGGAGUCACAAGUGUGCGACUUGAAGCAAAAACUGGAAACCGAGAUGAAGAAUGAAAAGACACUUGCCAAAGCCUGCGAGAAGGCCCGGACCGAAAAGAAGAAGCUGCAGGAAGAGUUGGCCACGAGUCAGGCCGAGCUCUCCAAACUCAGGAGCAAACUGACGGAAAUUGAGGCACAACUUAAGUCUACCAAAGACGAGUUGACUCAGAUGAUUGCGGACAGGGAGCGUUCUAAAGUGCAGAUGAAAGACCUCCAGCAGCAGCUCUCUGAGAUGCAUGAUGAACUGGACCAAUCCAAGAAGGCAGAAUUGAUAAAUGCGGAGAAAGAAGUCCUUUUGAAGGAUAUGGCCCAGCUGCGUGCAGACUUUCAGGACAUCCUGCUGGUGAAGGAGGAGCACGAGGAGCUUCUACAACAGCAGGAAAAGGAGCUCAGAGACUUGAAGGGGGCCAUCAAAGAUGAAGUGGAGAUGCACGAUAAAUACAUUGCUGCUCUUAAGGAAGAAUAUGAAUUAGAGCUCGAACAUCUCAUGAGGGAUUUGGAGAAGACUAAAGAGGUAAAUCCAAGCCGUUCGUUACUGUUCUUCUUCACAAGAUCUUCCCUUAUAAUUCCAACUCAGAGCAACGCCGUGCUGGGCCGAGAGAAGGUGGAGGCGUUGGAAGAGGGCGGUGCAGCCGAGGAGAAGCUCCAGGAGCUGAGUCAGCAAAGAGAUCAACUCAAGGGAAAAGUGCAGGAGCUGAGCAGCAAGGUGGAUCAGCUGAGUCGAGCCGUUCAGGAGUCGAAAGCGUUGGAGAGACUGCAGGAGCAGCGAGCCAAGCAGUUGGAGAGGGAAAAGCAGCAGUUGGAGGAAACGUUGCAGGACGUGAGGAGGAAUGAAGAGGAAAUGUGUCAGUCCAACCGCUCGCUGCUGGCUCGUCUGGAGGAAGUGCAAAGUAAGCUGACCAAACUCAACCACGAGCACAGGGACAUGAAGGAGAAGCUCAGGGAAAAGCGGAAACAAACUGAAGAGCUGUGGAAGAGCAAAAGUCAGCUGGAGGAUGAGAGAAGGCUGCAGGACAGGACAGUGGAACAACUUCAGAGGAAUAUGAAUAGCAUCAUGGAGGACUGCCAGGCAUCUACAGAUGUUCUUCAGAGCCAGGUCGACGAGGCCAAAGAGAGGAGUCAGAGGGAGUUGGCCGAGCUUCGCAGACAGCUCCAGGAAAAGGGAGCUGACCUGGAGAAAUCCCAACUCGCGGCCAAAAAGCUUCAGGAUGAGCUGCUUCCUCUGGAGGAGGAUCUGCGGAGGUGUCACAGGGAGCAGGAGGAGGCCCAGUCUCGGGCCCGGCAGCUGGAGCAAAGAGCGGAGGAGCUGGAGGAGAGGAACGCCACCACGGUGGACGAUCGCGAGCGGCACGUCAAACUCCUCGAGGGUCGCAUCGGUCAGCUGGAGGAGGAUGUGAACGAUGAGCGCAGCACUGCUGACCGACUGAUGGAGCGAUUAGACAAAACCAAAGAGCAGGUGGAUCAGAUGAGGAGCGAGUUGAUGCAGGAGAGAGCGGUCAGACAGGACCUGGAGUGUGACAACAUGAGCCUGGAAAGACAGAAUAAAGACCUCAAGAGCAGAGUGUCUCAUUUAGAAGGAUCGCAGAGGACCAACCAGGAUUCUCUCAUUUCCAAACUCAACAGCCGCAUCCAGGAACUUGAAGAGAGAUUGCAAGGGGAGGAAAGGGACAACAACAACUUGCAGCAAGCCAACCGCAAGCUGGAGCGCAAGGCGAAGGAGAUGAAGAUGCACGCGGACGAGGAGCACGCCAACCUGCAGACGCACAGGGACCAGUUGACUCAGAGACUGAAGACGGCCAAGCGACAGAUGGACCAAGCCGAGGAGGAGAUCGAGCGCCUGGAGCACGCCAAGAAGAAGCUGCAGAGAGAGCUGGAGGAGCAGCUUGAGGCCAAUGAGCAGCUUCAUGGCCAAAUUGACACGAUGAGGAAAGACAUGAGGCGCAAACGGAAAUCGCCCCCGGUAAUUAAAGUGGCGGAGGACGGAGAUGGCCUGGAUGACACUGGUUCUGAUUAAUUGGAUAAAUAACUCACAUCACGUUUGGACUUAAUGAGGAGCUCGUUGCAGUAAUUCCAUUAACAACUCCUAUUAUCCCGGCAUUGUGUUAGGCCUGACCUCUAGUGGCAAUAUUUUGAACUACUUGAUGUGGCAAACCAACCCACAGUGCCGCUACACGAUGCGGACAAAAGUUUGGAGAUGUACCAUGCGUCCAUUUUCAAAGAGAGCUUCUCAAACUUAGCGUGUGCUAAGACUACAGCUGAGAAUUGUUUCCACAAAAAAAAAAAAAAAAAACCCAUCAUAACCCUCACGCCAAUUACGCAUCGCUAUUUUAACGUAACUAUUUUUACAUUGCAAAAAUCUCACAGUGCACCACCAAACAAAAAUGUCCCAAAAAGUGUAUACAUUGAAAUCACGAUGAUCUUGUCUCACAAUUUUAAGUUAAUCAUGUAGCUACCUUCCGUCAUCUAGCGUAAGAGCAUUAAAUUCUUCUGCCUGUCUCGAUUCGUCACGGGCAUCGAUAGAUUUGUAGACCAAUGAUAUAAUUCACUUGAAUAAAAUUUUUGGCCCGAUGAAGUGAAAUUGUAUCAUUUCUUGAUGCUCUCUCUCUGGAACACUAAUGUCCUGCGAGCACCGUGGUUUACAAUCACUGCCUUAGAGCUGUGUUACAGUAACGACACAAUAGACACCAUUUGGCGAGUUCCCCCUGAAUCCAGUCCAGGCUGCAGCUCACCCGGACAAGAGCUAUACAAAAUGUAAUGUAAACAGUCCAAUAAAUCUUAUGGAUGCUUCAAGUCGUGUGGAAACAGUUUGGCGAACAAAGAUGGUGAGCAAGGCCUUUUCUUCGGUGCAAUAUCGGUGAAGUCACAAAUGUGUUCCAUUUUCCUUCUCCUUCCCGUGUGGCUCGGUCGAAAUACUUUUGUCCACAUUGUUCCAAGUCCUUUUCUUAUCUCCCAACUAAUGGUUCCAUGUAGUGUGAUGCGUUUCAAAAUGUGUAUUGAUGUUUAUGAACCUCCAGAAAUUGUAGAAAUAAACUAAAACU